GCACCGUUUUCAUCAAGUCUAUUGAUGCCUCCGCCCAUUGCAAGAAUGCCACCUACCUAUGUGAGCAGAUAGAGGAGGUGAUUAAUGAGGUGGGUGAAGAGAACGUGGUACAGGUGGUGACUGACAAUGCACCAAAUUAUGUUGCUGCAGGCAGACUAUUGAUGGAGAGGCACCCAUCUAUAGUUUGGACUCCAUGUGCCGCCCAUUGCAUUGACCUCAUGUUAGAGGAUAUUGGAAAACUUCCAUGGGUCAAGACAUGUGUAGAAAAGGCAAGAAAUGUGUGCAAAUUUGUAUAUAAUCAUUCAUGGGUGUUGGCUCUUAUGAGACAAUACACAGAGCAUAAGGAGUUAGCUCGUCCAGGAAUCACAAGAUUUGCCACAAACUUCAUCACAUUGCAGUCCAUGCUUCGUUGUAAGAUGGCCUUGAGACGUAUGAUUGUUGGUGAGGAGUGGUCUUCCUCAUCCUAUGCUGCCACCCCAGCAGGAAAAGAUAUGGCAGACUGCAUUUUUGAUGAGCGAGGCUUUUGGAGCCCUUGUGAUGAGAUAGUGAAGUUUGUUAAGCCCUUGGUGGUUUUGUUGCGAGUUGCGGAUGGAGAAAAGCCCGCAAUGGGCUACAUAUAUGAGGGCAUGGAUAGGGCGAAAGAGGGCAUCAAAUCUAUCUAUGCAGGAGAUGAGAGCAAGUAUGGUCCCAUUUGGUAGAUCAUUGAUAAGAGAUGGCAUCAUCAGCUUCAUAGGCCCAUCCAUGCAGCAGCCUAUUAUUUGAAUCCGGCAUUCCAUUUUAGCCCUACUUUCAGGGCUGAUGCGGAGGUCCUUGAUGGGCUAUACUCAGUCAUGGAGAAGAUGGCACCUGUUGGUUGUACUCAGACAGAUCUUAUGCGAGAGCUACAGUUGUUCUCAAAUGCACAAGGGGAGACCUUUUCUCGUCCUAUCGCCAAAGAAAGUAGGACAACUAUGAUGCCAGAUAAUUGGUGGAACUUUUUUGGCCCAACGACACCAAAUCUUCAAAAGUUGGCCAUUCGCAUCUUGAGCCAACCAUGCAGUGCAUCUGGUUGUGAGCGCAAUUGGAGUAUGUUUGAGCACAUACACUCCAAGAGGCGCAAUAGAUUAUCCGUGGAGAAGAUGAAUGAUCUUAUCUUUGUUCACUACAACCUCCGCCUGAGAAUGAGAAAGAAUGCAUUAGCUGACAUCUCUCCUAUCAUUCUAGAUGAGGUUGAUCCUGAGGCAGAGUGGGCCAUUGAGACAGAUCCUGUGGCUGUCUUUAGUGAUGAUGACACUGAUUGGAUCGACCAGGUAGAUAUAGAGGCUGAGGCUGUAGCCAUGGCAGAGGAGGAGCAGAGAGCACGAGCAGAGAGCACGAGCAGAGAGAGGAGAUUCAGAGGCAGAUGGUGAUAGUGACAGAGAUGGUGACAGUGACACAGAUGUUCCUGAUGUUGGUGAGCAUGGCGUGGUGUCACGAGGAGCGGCUAUGGCUGCCCAAUCAUCUAUGACCUACCUUAGACGCCUUCGUAGGGGGCCGGGGCCUUCAUUGGAGCCGACGUCGGGGCCGGAGGGUGCAGACUCCUCUGCGCCAUAGGCUUGUAGAUGUAUUUACCUUUGUUAUUUGUAUGGAACAUUUGAUGAUGAUCAUAUGAUGACAUGGAUUUUUUAUUCCAUGAGUUUUGUAAUAUUGUAUACAUUUGACAAUAUUUAUAUAUCUAUGUUUGUUA